GUUGUUGCAUCUACCUUAUUCAUCACUUGAAACAGCUAGCUCUCCCUUGUCUUUUGGUUCUUUCCCAUAUCCACAUUCUUGACCACUAAUGGCAAUGAAAGCUGUGCUGCUUCUUCUUGUAGUUUCUUCAUGGAUUUCGUCCUAUGUUAUGGCACAUGACCAUGAGCAUGUCUAUCCCCCAGCGAAGGCUCCAGGCCAUGAAUAUUACAAACAUCAUUAUCAUCACGCUCCGAUGCACUCACCAGAGGCUUAUGAUCAUCAUCAUGAGGAACACCACCACCACCAUGAGAAACAUGAUCGUCACGAUGAACAUUAUAAACAUCAUCCUCAUGCUCCAAUGCAUCCACCAGAGGCUUAUGAUCAUCACCAUCAUCAUCAAGAGGAAAAUGAUCAUCAUCAUCAUGAUGAACAAUAUAAACAUCAUUCACAUGCUCCGAUGAAUCCACCAGAGGCUUAUGAUCAUCACCAUCAUCAUCAUGAGGAAAAUGAUCAUCAUCGUGAUGAUCAUGAUCACCGUGAUGAGCAUGAUCAUCACCAUGAUGAACAUUAUAAACAUCAUUCUCAUGCUCCUAUGCAUCCGCCAGAGUCUUAUGAUCAUAACCGUCACCAUCAUGAGGAACAUUAUAAACAUCAUUCUAAUGCUCCGAUGUAUCCACCAAAGGCUCAUGAUCAUCAUCAUUUUUAUGGUGAUCACACUCACCACGAUGAUCAGCACCACCACGAUGAUCACCAUCAUCUUGCUUAUGCUCCGAGAAUUGCCCCUAUGCAUUCCGAAGAGAGGUUUAGAACAGCAAGUCCACAUACGGCUCCUAUGCAUGGUCGUCGUUGCCUAUUCAAGUGCAAGCGCUACUGCGAAAAACAGAAAGACCACCACAAGGAAAUGCAUGAUAGCGAAAAAGACCACCACAGGGAAACACCAUCAUGCAUGAAAGAAUGCUUUACUUUCUGUAAAAAAAAUGCAUGAAGGAUUACGGGGACAUCAACGGCAACAAUCUCAAUUGCCCUUGAAAUCGGAUGCCGAUCGAUCUGCUCUAGCUUUCUCAAUCACUGCGUGAUUUCCAAUUGUUUUUUGAUGUUUUCUCAUAGUUGUUGAAUCAUAUUUUAUGUUGUAAUAAAUGGCUUGUAGAAGCCUCUUGUUGGGAC